CAGCUUAUAAAUAGCAGAGCUGAGCGAGUUCUAAGCCAGUUACUUUUCAACAGCCGUUCAAACAACGUCAACUUCGUACGCAACGUCAAAUUCUUCAAAUACUGUGAUUAUUGACAACAUUCAAGAUGUUGAGACUCUGGGCAAGCCUGCUCUUGGUCUGCGCCGCACAGGCGUCACCAUUUUACAGCGACUUUAUGCAACAUUUAACACGACCAUUACCGCUGCAUCGCACGCUGUUUGCGCCCAUACCAUUUGCACCACUCGCACCGCUAGAACCACUGCAUGCUAAGCCGUCGCAGCGUGUGGCCAGCGUCUGGGCAGCGCCCCCGCCGGCCCCGUUGGCGGCUCAGCAGCCACGCCCACAAGCCUUAGCUAAUGCGCCACUGUUGCCACUCUACAGUAACAGCUAUGGAAGCGACAGCAUCAGCGACACGGAGUUCGUGCCACUGGAGCAGCAGGGACGACAUGAUGCGGCAGCAGCCUCAACACAGGGCGUGGAGCAGAAGCCGUUCACUGUUGAUGCGAUCACCACGGACGUGAACUCUCCCAAUCCAGCCGUCUUCUUCCAGCAAUCAUUCCCAUUCUUUGGCAAUGAGUUCUUCAACUCGUUUGGUGGAUUCGGAUUUGGCAACAGUCAAGAGCCUUGGUGGAAGGGACCCAAUGUGUGCACCGAGAAGGAGGAAAGCGAUGGCGCAACCACGGAAACAGACGGUGAUGAGGCCGUGGACAGCUUCGGUCAGGAACGUGACGGGGCUGGCAGUGUGGUCCGAUCGCCACUGUUUGGCCAGUUCCACUUCAGCGUGAACUCCUGUGCCGAGAAGCCGAACAAGCACGUCUGCACCAAGAUCGUCAAUCAAAAUGGCAAGAAGAAGAUGGUGACUAUGACACGCCAGUGCUGCUAUGGCUAUGGACGACCACGCAAUGCGGACUUCACGGUUCCCUGUGAGAAGAUCGAGAUCAAAGACAUCGCCGCCACUGCCGCCGACAUGGGAGCCCAGCAGUUCAUUGAGAGCGCCAAGAGUGCCGGAGAGCUGGGCAACAUGCUGUCCAACUCCCAGGGCAAGAAGCUGACUCUCUUUGUGCCCAACGACGCCGCCUUCCAGGAAUACCGCAGCCAGCAUCAGCAGGAGAACAACGUGGAUGACUCCAAGGGAGAAGGUUCCCAAAUGUCAUCGAUCCUCAAGCUGCACUCCGUGCAGGGCGAGGUGGAACUGGAGGACGUGCCCAACGAGAAACUGCUGCAGAGCGAGCUGACCGGCCAGAAGAUACGCAUCAACACCUAUCAGCUGCCACCGGCUCUCGGUCUGGAGCCCUAUCGCUACGCCGCCAACUGUGUGCCCAUUGUGCAGCACGACAAGCUCUCCGAACAGGCCCUGGUGCACACACUCAACGGCGUGCUGAAGCCUCUGACCAAGAACGUCAUGGAUUUAAUACGCGAGCGCGCAGACAUGUCCAUCAUGCGCACCGUGCUGGAGAAGACCAACAUCAGCGCUCUGCUGGAGGGUGAUAAGCCCGUCACCAUCUUUGUGCCCACGGAUGCCGCUUUCGAUAAGCUGGAGCCACAUCUGCGACGCGCCCUUAAGGAGGGACGCGGCUGCGCCUCCAAUAUACUGAAGAAUCACAUUCUGGACCUGACCUUCUGCUCGUUGGCCACGCUACCGGGUGCCAAGACAACCACCUAUAAUCUGCUGGGAGAGCCACUGCUGCUGAACCGCACCAAACAUGUUGCCAACCAAACUGAGCCGUCGGCCAUCUACAUCAACAAUGCCGCCAAGAUUCUGGACGCUGAUAUAAUGGGCACCAAUGGAGUGCUCCAUGUGAUUGACACCAUUCUGCCCACGGAUUCGGCGCUGCCCAUGACCACUUUGCUGUCGCAGAAGAACAUAACAAUCUUCAAGCGCCUGCUGGAGGCGUCUGGCCUGGACUAUCAAUUCGACGAUAUGGACAACGUCACAGUCUUUGCGCCCACGGACAAGGCGCUGCAGCACUCGGAAUGGGCGCGCAAAUUGGCCGAACAGCCAGAGUCUUUGAAGGACAACAAGGACUUGGCUGAGUUCCUCAACUAUCAUGUGAUCAAGCCCAUGAUCAAGACCUGCGAUCUCUCGGAGAGUUUAUUGCCAACGGUGGCGGGCUCCAAUGUUCGCCUGAAUCUCUACUCAACCCACGCCCUCUUCUCGGACGUCAUGAAUAGAGCAACCGUGAACUGUGCCCGCCUGGUGCACUUCGAUGACGAGAGCUGUGGCUCUGUGCUGCAUCAACUGGACCGCCCACUGACUGCGCCCAAGAAUAAUCUGCUCCAAUCACUGGAAGCCAAUCCCAACUACAGCAAGUUCCUGGAGCUGGUGCGCAAGGCCAAUCUGACCCACCUGUUGGCCAACGAAUCGGAUAGCUUCACGCUCCUUGUGCCCAAGAAUGAUGUGUUUGAGGAGUUCAGCGAGUCCACCGAGACCAAGCCCGCCCAGAGCCAGGCCGAGCUCGAGGCCCAGGUCAAGACACACAUUGUCAACGAUGUUGUCUGCUGCGCUGGUAUCAUACCCACCAACUGGCCAUUCGUACGCUCCAUCGAAUCCAUUUCGGGCCAGCAUCUGCGCAUCACCCGUGACCGUCGACCCAAGAUCGAAAAUGCCGGCGUGACAAAAUGCGAUCUCAUCGCCACCAAUGGAAUCCUGCACGAGAUUAACGACAUCAUUGUGCCUAGGUCGCCGCCAGCGCAGCAGCAUCGACCACGUCCCCACAUCUAUCAGCCCCCCCGAGGCGACUUCGAUGUAUUCUUCUAAAGAUCGAUUGUCGCAAAUAUCUCUGUGUAUCUCUAACUUUCCCUAAUACAUAUAUGCAUCUAUAUAUAUAUUUAUAUUAUUUAAUAAACUUUUGUCAUUGAUUGAAAACUCA